AUGGGUGAGGAGCAUACGGAAUUGCAAUGCUUUAACUGCUCAUGUCUCAUUUUAAAUUAUUUUGUGAUUAAACAUUUAAAAUUUGGAGCCAGGCUUUUAUUUGAUCUUGCAUUUCACUCGGAUGCAUUAUCAGCCACAGUAGGGGCUAAUGUGCUUUGUAUCAUAAACAGAAAAGUUCACAAAUACGGGAAGAGCACAACCGGUGAAAGCUGGGAUAUUGUUGUUGAUGAGGAGACAUACUACGAGAGAACCUCACUAUGGAUGGAGUGUGGUGGGCGACUCGAGCCAGUUGCUAUCGAUACAACCUCGGGAGAGGCCGCCUGUGUGUACCCACCCCUUAUUUCGGGUCAAGGUGAUGAUGACCAAUUAGACAAGCCUCCCUCUUCAAAAUCAUGAGAGUAGGCUCGUUUGUUUUUCUCCUUUUCCUUUGUUGACCCUAAUUUAUUUUGCUUUAGGUGCUCCAUUUCAUUUAAUCAUAUUGGUUUAAACUCCAAACGUGCGUCAGAGACAUUUGGAUUAUUUCAGUUUUAAUUUAUUCAUGUUCCAA